AUGUUUUUAUUCUUAUUAGGAAUUGGAUAUGAGACUGCAGCUGAUUUUGCCAAGAGGGGCGCAAGAGUCAUCCUAGCGUGCAGAAAUGCUGCCAGAGGAAAAGAGGCUGAAGAAAAUCUAAUCAGAGUUACAGACAAUAAGAAUAUUGUCUUUAAGCAACUUGAUUUGGCAUCGUUUCAAUCUGUAAGGGCUUUUGCAGAUGAUAUAAGGAAAAACGAAGAAAGGCAAGGCAACAAAAUGUCAGAAGACGGCUUGAUAUUGCCAAUGCAAGACAACUAUUUUGGACACUUUUUACUCACCAACUUAUUACUAGACUUGAUAAAAUCAACUCCCAACUCUCGCAUAGUCAACGUUGCUUCGAUUGGUGCAAAAUGGACCAGAGAAUUUGAUGUAAACAAGCUGAAUGAUUUUCCAGAACAUAAUUCUCGACCGGAUUUGUUGGUUUAUAGCUGGAGCAAAUUGUGCAACAUACUUUUCACUAUAGAAUUAGCUGACAGAUUGAAGAGCACUAGUGUAACAGCUUAUUCUUUGCAUCCAGGCGCUGUGCUAACUGAUAUAUUCAAGAAAAUGCCAAGUUUUACUAGGAUUUUGUGGCAAACUACUAUAAAAUGGUUUUUCAAGGCAAGAAUUUCUAUUGAAGGAGCUCAAACAACGAUUUAUUGUAGCACUGAAAAGGGUUUAGAAAACUUUUCUGGUGAACAUUUUGAAGACUGUCAUAGGGUGGCCAGGUAUCCGACAGCAAAAGACCCAGAGUUGGCAAAGAAACUGUGGGAAGUUUCAGAAAAGCUUGUCAAGCUCAAUAAACAUUCUUAA